CUUCACAAGAAGUAUCCCUCUGUCUCCCCUACAUAUUUCCUGAGGUUUCUCUGCCUCCACUGGCCAAAUGGAAGCCCAGAUAUAUAACCUCCUGGACGACACAUUGACAUGGUUUACUGAUGGCUCAUCUCUGUUCAGUUCUGCUGGGCUGGAAUGGACUGUUGCUGCUACCCAACCUGAGAGAGAUCUGUCUGUUGCUUAAUAUGGUAGCCACAUGGGAUGGAAAUCAACAUCAAUUUUGUGGACAAGACGAAGAACCACACCAAAUACAUUUCUUUCACUACUAUGUGGAAUGGAUUUUAAAGAAUUCCAUCCUUGCUCAUGGUACAGGACAGAGUGACUACACUGCAGUCAAUGAAGAAAUGUUUCCUCCACUCACAGCACAUGAGCACCUUGAUACCCAUGAGCCUGCAUUUGAGGGAGGAAGAGGUUGGAGAAUCUCACCUCUUGUCCUUCUCUCCUCUCUGUCCCACAUAGCAAGCUGUGUGACUUGCAAUUUGCCAGAGUCCUUAAUGCAUCUCUCUCGGGCUGUUGCCACCACCCUGAAUUUAACAAAUUGCUGUAUAUAUGACCCACCACUCGACCUUGCAAAUAAACAUCUGAUUGCUGUGCCACUGAAUACUACAAAUGAAUCUUUCUCUAAACACAGACCUUCCUGGUUAUGCAGGCACCCCGUAUUUAUUAGUUUGAACCCAAGACAUCGUUACAAUUGGAUUGCGACACCAUAG